CCAACCUACAGCUGGGCAGCUUCCUGCUCCUUGUCAUUGAAUGUCAGCGUGCGCUGAAUUUGGCAUAACAUUAUUACAGAAAAUGCAGGCUGAAUCGAACGAUCUGCCAUCGGGACUGAAGAUUUUAACUGGAGCCAGACAGAGUCUACUUAUGGAGGGUCACUCCGGGCCUCAGUCCUCCAUGCCUGCUCCCCCAGGCUUCAUUCGACUGGAGCAGGAUGAACCAAUGAACAAUCUGCGUAUCUCUGUAGGAGGCCUCCCAAUGUUGGCUUCCAUGGCCAACGCCACCGACCCUCGUUUCCGCCUUAAGUGGAAGCCCAUCGUGGUGGUGGCCUUCUCCCUCGCCUUGCUUCUGCUGCUCUUCAUGCACUUGAACUCGGGCUUGCACUCCCGCUCCUACCACUCGCACAGCUGGAAAGCCAGCCACAGUGACGCCCAGCAGUCCGAUUCCGGCUACAACAACACCUACCCUCUCAGUCCGCCGGAGCACACGCCGCAGGGCGCCCGCUACCGCAUCGGGGUCAUCGCCGACCUGGACAAAAGCUCUCGUAGCGACAAGAAGCUGACGUGGCUGAGCUACAUGCGGCGGGGUUACCUGUUGGUGUCCCAAAGUGGUGACAAGGUGGCAGUCGAAUGGGAUGCAGACAGGGUGGUGCUGGAAAGCCACCUGUCGGAGAACGGCAGAGGUAUGGAGCUGUCUGAGCUGGUGGUGUUCAAUGGGAAGCUCUACAGCGUCGAUGACAGGACAGGCAUCGUCUACCACAUUGACGGCGACAAGGCUGUGCCCUGGGUCAUCUUACCCGAUGGAGACGGCAAUGUAGCCAAAGGGUUCAAAGCUGAGUGGAUGGCUGUGAAGGACAAGCACCUGUAUGUCGGCGGUCUGGGGAAAGAGUGGACCACCACUGAAGGCGAGUUCGUCAACAACAACCCAGAGUGGGUGAAAGUAGUGGGCUUCAGAGGGGAUGUACAACACGAGAACUGGGUUCCCAAGUACAAAUCUCUGAAGUCCGCUGCAGGGAUAGAGCCUCCAGGGUAUCUUAUCCAUGAGUCAGCAGCGUGGAGCGACACCCUGCAGCGCUGGUUCUUCCUCCCUCGCCGCGCCAGCGAUCAGCGCUACGAGGAGACGGCAGACGAGCGCCGCGGCACGAACCUUGCCCUCAGCUGCUCGCCAGAUUUCAGAGACAUCAUUAUGAGUCGAGUGGGUCCUCUUAACCCCACUCACGGUUUUUCCUCCUUCAAGUUCGUCCCCAACACGGACGACCAGAUCAUUCUGGCUCUCAAGUCGGAGGAAGAUGCCGGGAAGAUUGCUACAUACAUCAUGGCCUUCACACUUGACGGACGCAUUCUCUUACCUGAAACCAAGAUUGGGGAUGUGAAAUAUGAGGGCUUAGAGUUCAUAUAGACUGAGAGAGUUGCUCUAGUGGCCACUGCACUGUUGUUCUAGUUUGUUUACAAUCCCGUCACUGUUGAAUAAACCAUACUCGUUGUUUUUUCUCAUUGCAAAAGACACAACUCCAACCCUCAAAGGAUCAUCUUCAGCGUGAACAGAACAGCUUCGGGCUGAGACUAAAAUAUGGUCCUGUUUCGCGUUUUGAGAACAUGCCAGUCAAAACAGAAAAUGCCAGCAUGUCCUGUAGUGGAGCAUCUCCUUCCAUGGCCAAAUGUGGCCCUCAACAGCACUGUAGCCUUUCUUAUAAUGAAUGUACAAAAGAUUGAUUUAUCAGACUGUGAUUUUUUUUUCCUAAAGCAUACAUUUCCAUGCACAUACUGUACACUCAGAAAGUCAAAGGCUUUUCCCCCUUUGCUCCAUGUUAAACAGCAUCAUUCUGUGCACACCAAACAUGUUAUUUUCAGUGGAAUAACUAAAGGCCUGUUUUUAUUCUUCAUAAAAGACAUUAUUUGAAGGAUGUUUUGCUGAAAAAUUAAUUACAUUGUAUGUAAUGUUUUUGGUGGGAUGAAUAAAACCUCGAUUCCUA